GUUUCCUGCAGCACUAGAGUGGAGGUGGUACUGUGAGCGAGACCAGGAAUAUUCAACAACAUCGUAACCUCAAUCAACUUUACUAUACAAUGAAAUUUACUGCAAUCCUACCCUCCCCCGAAAUCCACUGCUUCACAAUAUUAUUGGUAGCGGGGCUCUACACUCCGGUGAGAAGCGAAAUUACCAGCCUCGAUGCAGGAAACAUCGACGAAAUCCUAAACAGUGCUGGAGUUGCGUUAGUGAAUUUUUAUGCAGACUGGUGCCGGUUCAGUCAGAUGCUGCACCCCAUCUUUGAGGAGGCCUCUAAUGUGGUGCGGGAAGAGUUCCCUGAUACUAAGCAAGUGGUGUUCGCUCGCGUGGACUGUGAUCAGCACUCCGACAUCGCCCAGCGUUACCGCAUCAGUAAGUACCCCACCCUCAAGCUCUUCCGCAACGGCAUGAUGAUGAAGAGGGAGUACCGGGGUCAGAGGUCAGUGUCCGCCAUCGCCGACUUCAUCCGACAGCAGAAGGUGGAUCCGGUGAAGGAGCUGCAGAGUCUGGAGGAGGUCGCCACCAUCGACAGGAGUAAACGCACCAUUAUUGGCUACUUCGACCGGAAGGACUCUGACAACUACCACACGUUCGAGAAGGUCGCCAACAUCUUACGCGACGACUGCGUCUUCCUGACUGCCUUCGGGGAGGUGUCCAAGCCAGAGAGGUUCAGUGGAGAUAACGUGAUCUACAAGCCCAUUGGGGAGAGCAUACCUGACAUGGUCUACCUGGGCUCGCUCACCAACUUUGACCUGACGUACGCCUGGGCGCAGGACAAGUGCGUGCCCCUGGUGCGCGAGAUCACCUUCGAGAAUGGAGAGGAACUGACGGAAGAAGGGAUCCCCUUCCUCAUUCUCUUCCACAUGAAGGACGACAACGAAAGCCUGGAGAAGUUCCAGCAUGAAGUGGCCCGGCAGCUCAUCAGUGAGAAAGGCUCCAUCAACUUCCUCCAUGCUGACUGCGACAAGUUCCGCCACCCCCUCCUCCACAUCCAGAAGACCCCAGCCGACUGCCCCGUCAUCGCCAUAGACAGCUUCCGCCACAUGUAUGUCUUCCCAGAGUUCAGCGACUUGGCGGUUCCUGGCAAGCUGCGGCAGUUUGUUCUUGACUUGCACUCUGGGAAGCUGCACCGGGAGUUCCACCACGGCCCAGACCCCACCGACAGCACCCCCGGGCAGGAGGAGAACAAAGAGUUACCCAGCAACCCCCCAGAGAGCUCCUUCCAAAAACUGGCCCCCAGCGAAACCCGUUACACCAUCCUCAGGGACAAGGAUGAGCUGUAGCCCACCUGUUGGACAUGCGCGCAGUUAGGACGGACAGACGGACGAAUAGACGGAUGGACAGAGGGACAACAGCACAGUAGAAAACCAUUACCAGUCCCAGAGAUGGGGGGGAGGGGAGGGGGCGGGUCCGACCACACAGCGACACCUGGAACAACCUAUAUUUUCAUAAAUCUUGCGUGUACAAUUUUUAUUUUGGAUAAAAAGGAGGAAAAAAACAAGAAGAGGUUCUUAGGUAGGAAGGGCAGGGGUGAUGAGUUUAAAAAAAAAAAAAAGGAAAAAAGAAAACCAUUUUUACUUUUAUUUUUGGAGCUUGUAAAUAUGUUUGUGCUGAGUGGGUCAGUUUCUAUGCGAUCCUUAUCUAAAUUAAAUGCUGAGUUUUUUUUUUUUGUUUUGUUUUUCCACAUUUUUUGUCUACCAAUAAAUUUCUUUUUUUGUAAGAAAAAAGAAAAGGAGACCCCCGCAGAAGAGGGGGAUGGUCCCAAUGACAUGAACGAAACAGUCUUGGCAUUUAAAUCUCGGUUUGCAGUUCGGACCUGCUGGCGUCACAUUGAGAGUUGCUGUUAGGGAGCGAAUUUACCCAUCAUCCAUCUCUCCCGGAUGGAGAGCCCGUACUUUUAAUCUGUAUUUAUACAUAUGUACAGUUCCUUCCCGGAUUACCACAGAGGUAGUGAUGCGUCUCAUUGCAGCCCAUUCCACAUGG